AUGGCGGCGUACCUUGCCAUAGCCAAGGAGCUGGUCAGCUCAUUUUAUGUGUUCGAGAUGCAGAGAGUAUCAAGGAACGAAAAUGAAAAAGCUGACGUGCUCUCGCGCCUCUCCACUGAGGCAUUAGCUCGCUUGGACGGUUCGGUGUAUAUAAAAAAUUUAGCCGAGCCCUCCCACCAAGUUAAAGAGGUCGUGUCAAUAGAGAUGGAGCCAAGUUGGAUGGACCCAAUCGUCGCCUACCUAAGGGACGACAUCUUGCCCGAGGAUAGGGUCGAGGCACGCAAGGUGCGAGGACACACAGCGAGAUACACUCUGGUGGAGGGAGAACUAUAUAAAAGGUCGGUGUCCUCCCCUUUAUUGAGAUGCCUAACCCCAAGUCGUGCCCUAUAUACUCUAGCAGAAGUGCACAAGGGGAUAUGUGGUAGUCACAUGGGAGGUCGCCAUCUAGCGUACAAGGUGCUUCAGCUAGGCUUCUACUGGCCAAACAUGCAAAAGCAAGCCAUCCAGUACGUGAAAACAUGCGAGCAGUGCCAAAAAUUUGCAUCCAUUCCAUGCCAACCGGCCACCGAGCUGGCCUCAGUACUUAGCCCCAUUCCAUUCGCUAUGUGGGGAAUGGACGUAUUGGGCAACUUCACCCCAGCCUCAGGAGGAAGAAAGUACCUCGUUGUCGCGGUGGAUUACUUCACCAAGUGGGUAGAAGCAGAGCCACUGGCAAGAAUUACGCGACAACAAAUGGAGAAAUCGGUGUCCUACCCUCAGGCAAAUGGCCAAGCAGAGGUCACCAACCAUACCCUACUGGCUGGGAUAAAAAGAAGGCUGACUGAAGCAAAGGCAAGGUGGGUAGACGAGUUACCAAGCGUUUUAUGGUCUUAUCAAACUACAGUUCGAACGCCCACGGGGGAGAGCCCAUUUCGGCUGACCUAUGGGACUGAAGCACUGGCCCCAGUGGAAAUACUAGCGGGCUCAUUAAGGAGCCUCAGCUUUAACGAAAGGAUAUACCAGGAUGGGUUGAGAGCCAACCUAGACUUCCUGGACGAGAUCAGAGAGGAUGCUCUACUAAGGAACGUAGCCUACCAAUAA